CUGUUCUCCCCCGGACGGGGGUGGCCGGUCAGACUCUCGGGCCCACAGCUGCAGACCGCCGGGGGGCGGGGGAUGCCGGGCUGCCGCAUCAGCGCCUGCGGCCCGGGGGCCCAGGAAGGGACGGCGGAACCAGGGUCUCCGCCGCCGCCGCCCCGGGAGCCCCUGUCAUCCCCUCAGCCCCCGCCCUCAACUCCGACCUUGACUGCGACCCCGGCUCAGGCCUCACCGCUGCGGGAGGCAGCCCCGGCGUGGGAGGGCUCAGCGGAGGGGCAGGAGCUGCAGCGCUGGCGCCAAGGCACUAGCGGGGUCGCGGGGGGCGCCGGGCCGGCAGGGGGCGCAGGCGCCGGCGUGGUGGUGGCGGCGGCGGCCGCCGCGGCGGGGGCAGGGGGCCGGGCGCUGGAGCUGGCCGAAGCGCGGCGGCGACUACUGGAAGUGGAGGGCCGCCGGCGCCUAGUGUCGGAGCUGGAGAGCCGCGUGCUGCAGCUGCACCGCGUCUUUCUGGCGGCGGAGCUGCGCCUGGCGCACCGCGCCGAGAGCCUGGGCCGCUUAGGCGGCGGCGUGGCGCAGGCAGAGCUCUACCUGGCGGCUCACGGGUCGCGCCUCAAGAAGGGCUCGCGCCGCGGCCGCCGCGGCCGCCCGCCCGCGCUGCUCGCAUCGGCGCUGGGCCUGGGAAGCUGCGUGCCCUGGGGCACCGGGCGCCUGCGGCGGGGCCAUGGCCCUGAGCCCGACUCGCCCUUCCGCCGAAGUCCGCCCCGCGGCCCCGCCUCCCCCCAGCGCUGACCUCAGCGCGGUGACCCCUAGCCGCCCGCGACGGACCACCGCCGAGGUGCGGAUCGACGGACUGCGGACGCCGGCUGGAUGGGCGGUGUCACCGACGCUGAUGGGCGGACUGACAGAUCACAGGAAGAGACUGUCCGGGGGCCAAGGGCCCGGUAAAGGAGGCUGAGGUGUGGUCCUAGCGGCUGCUCCUCCCAGUUCCUCAGAGCCUCCGUUCUAUGGAUCUGGACUCCUGGAUCCUGCUCCUUCCCUGAACGCCUCCUUCAGGAAGACUUCUCAAAUCACGCUACCCAGCCUGGCACUCUCCUUUCUUCACAAGAGCCCUGCAUUUUAGUGACAAGGGGCUGGAUUAUGGGGAAGCUGCCUAUACUAUGAAUUCCUUUAAACAUGCCACAAUCCGACUGUGGCUUGUACUGUACAAUUGGAAAUGUUACAACAGGCCCUCCAAGACACAGUCAGCUUAUUUAAGAGCGCAGCAAACAUUUCCAAUGUGAAGAUGAAAAGGAUUUCUUUUUAACACAGCCAUCAUAAUAAGUCACAGCGCAGCUGGGGUCCUCAUUUUGGAAGAUGCCAUCACUUCUCAGUCUAACACUGGGAGGCCUGUUUGAGGGAAAACAUUGGUCAGGGAUCUCUCAGUUCUCCUCACCCUCUGUCCUUGCCCUCACCAUGUGGGAGUGCCUGUGGCCCCUCAGAAAGGUGAUCAGCUGCUCACUCCUGGGGGCACAUACCUCUUUCUCACAAAGAAGUGGUAGCAACAUAAAAAUUAUAAGCAAAGUUUUAAGUGAAAAAUGAAGCAUAUUUAUUCAAAUAUCCUCAACAUAGAAGGGGGGCACAUUUACUCACACAAAACCCAGAACUUGUAGAAUUCUGCAAAAUGAAUGUAUAUGGAAUCUGUCCCUAAUUUACAUAUUCAGGAAGAAUAAAUUUCAAUCAUGUGAGACAAAUA